AUGUCCGACUCGUCGUUUCCAGCGACGUCGACCCCACCGUUGUUUUCGACCACCUCGACACCGCCAUCUUCGUCCAGCAGCUCCUCGAUGCACACCCCAUCGCCGAACCUGGAACAGCGCGAGCUCUCGUCUGACAGCUCUGAUCCCCUCAGCUUCCUGCUCCAGAGCCUGGGCGAGACCACGGACAAUGCCCAGGACUGGUCUUCACUCUCGUCGUGGACACAUGCUGACGCCAAAUUCAACGAGCUCAGCUCAGAUUUCAACUUUUCUCUCCCAAUGGAUCUCGACUUCGACGCCAACAUGGCGGUCGACCCGCACACACUGCACUUCUCGUCCAUGAUGGACCAGAGCAGCCUCGGUCUGCCCCCGCCCGAGAAUUCGUUCCUCAUGGCCGACGGCGACAUGUUCUUCUCUCCAGCAGGGGAGCAGAAAUGGCACACAGAGUUCCAAGGCGGACCCGCUCGCCGGCUGAGCGUUACGUCCUCCUCGUCCUCAUCCGGCGCAUCGUUAUCUCCCGGUUUGGACAGCGCCUCGGUCACAAGCAGCUCUCCCCCGAGCGAAUGCAACCUUAGUGACCCCGCGCAGGAACUCGCGCAGCGCGUGCGCGAGAUGGCGGGCGUCAUGCUUGCCGUGCCCGUCAGCGCGCAAGUGCAACAACUAGCAGCGGCAGGCGGACAAUCGAAGCUGCCUAUUCCGCGGCUGGUCCGCCAAAACUCCUCCCUCGCAGCGAGCAAGCGUGGUAGCCCUAAGCCAGACUCCUUCACUUUGCCGUCAGGUAAGGUGGAAUCACCUGGGGCAGAUCUAACGUUGGCGCCCCCAGCGACGUCCGUCAUUGGCCGCCCGAAGACCAGCCAUACGACUAUCGAGCGGCGGUACCGGACAAACCUGAACGCGCGUAUCACUGGCUUGAAGCAGGCGGUUCCUGCGCUACGAGUACUGGAGGCGAAGAACGGCGGCGGACUGAACGUACAUAACGAUAUUGUGGAUGCCCGUGGAUUCGUCGACGGAGUCAAGGUCGCACGGAAGAUGAGCAAGGCGAACGUGCUGGGCAAGGCUACCGAGUACAUACGCGUGCUGAAGAAGCGCGAGGCACGCUUCAGGCAUGAGCAGGAUGGACUGAAGUCGCUCAUUGCUGGCCUUGUCGGCGGUCCCGCGCUGCUUAAGGAAUGGGAGCGCGAAUGGCGCAUGAGGUUCGGCGGGGAGGAGAAAGAUGAAAUCGAAGACGACGACGCGGACGCUGGGAGUGGGGAUGAAGACGGUGAUGGCGAGGACAGCGAGGGUGAGGACGGCGAGGGCCGUUCGCGCAAGAAGGCGAAACUCGCGAAGCAGGUCAAGAAAGAGAAACUCUCGAGACCUGUGCUCCCGCCUCUCAUUCCCGCCACGCCUGGUGUUGUCCCAGAGAAGCGCAAGCGUGGUCGCCCUCGCAAGAAUCCUUUACCAGCUGUUAUGUCUGCGCUCGCUUCCGGCGGAGCAUCGUUACCCGCUCAGCCAACCGAGCCCCCCAACUUCUCCACCACUCAGCCAGUUCAGGCAGCGUUGAUGCAGCCGCAGGAAGGUGUGACAGCUCAACCUGCUCCGGCCCAGCAGUAUCUUCUGGCAGUCUUUGCGUUCUUCUCGGUCUUCAACACCCCCCUCAUGUCGUCCACGCGCUCGCACGCAAACUCCUCACCUGCUGCUCACCAUGGUAUAGUUCUUACGCCUCAUAUACCUGCACAGUCCCAGUCGCCCACACCGUCGGUGACCGAUAUGAGCUCGUACAGUUGGCACGAUGUUGUCCAGGCAGUGCAUCUACUGAUCUCCACCCUCGUCUUUUUCUACGUGAUCGUGCCGUGGCUGUCUGGUGCGCUCCGCGCCACGAGCGUCCGCGCCAGAGUCUCCGCGUACUUCGCCUUUCACCGUAUUUGGCCUGCAACCGCUGAUGAGGCAAAGACGGACAGCGUGAAGUCCUCUUCAGAGCCUAAGCCGACGGACGACGUGAAGUCCCCAAAGUCCAAGUUUUAUAAUCGGGCCGCUCUGAUGGACGCGCUCGCGCCUGCUAAGCGGGGCUCGGAGGACGAAGCCACUCGACUGCGAGCUGCGUUGAGUGUAUCUGACGGCUUCAUCGGACUCUUGCAAGGAGUCAUCAAAGCCGGCAGAGUUGAUAGAGGUAUCGAGCUGAACCAGCUGGAGCAGAGAGCAUGGGUUCGGCUCGGCGAGCUUGUCGCCUUUAAUCGCGAAGUCUGCAACACGACUCGCGUGCAAACAUACUGGUGCAUGUCCUGGCACAUCUCGACCUUCUCGGCGUCCGCUACCGAUUUAUCCACACUUGCUCUUAUCAUGCGGCCCGUGUCACACUCUAAGGCUGCGGCACUUUGGGAGAGCGCGCGGGAGCGCGAGAUCGUGCGUGCCGAUGAGCGGCUGGCCCUCGAGAGCAUGAGCGUGGACGAUGCCGCCGAAUGGCUCGAGAAGUGGCGCCUCUGGCACGUCUCUGAGCGCAAGGGUCGCUGUGCUGCAUGCGAGAAGCGCACUCCACUUGGCAUCCUUGCAGCGAUCCUCAUCCGGGAGCGUCUCCGCAAGCACGCCGCGGCGCUCUUCGUGCGCACCGUCGUGCGGGAAGGUCGCUGCCCUGCUGAGGAACGUGACUGCGACGGUGACGGUGAAUACGAGUACGUGUAUGAUGCGGAGAAAGAUGCCAGUGAAGAGCAGGAGCGCCGAGAGACAAUCUCGGCUGGCAAGUCGAUCGGCGGGCGCACUGCCGAACUGGCCAUGUCGCUCGAGCGCAUCUGGAACACGGGCUUCUGCUCACAGGACCUCUUACCCCCGCACCGUCCUCACGCAUACGAGGAUGCAGAUGCAGACGAGGACUGUGAAGACGAGCAGGACCUUGCAAGUACAGACGAAGCCGAGGUCCGUGCCUUGCUGAGCGCGACCAUCGCCUACAGACGCAUAUUCCCCUCAUCAAUUCCCGCAUGCUCGACAGGCGUACCGUUUGUGUUGUCCCCCCCUCCGUCGCCCUCGCAGAGGAACGCAGCUCUGCACAUGGCGCUGCGUACGGCACUAGGGUCGCCGGCGUUCGAGUUUGGCGGCGGCCGACUAGCCGACGAGCAGCUCGGCGCAGCGCUGGAGGACGCGAGAGAUAGAGUUGUAGACAUGCUGGUCGAGCGCGAGAGAGCAUUCCGCAGGGGAGGAAGAACUUCUCAAGAGUGA